ACGAGAUUGACGCCGUCUAACGAGAUCGAAGCGCGGAAUAGCUCGACGCCAACGAUCGAGAUCGACGCCAACGAAGUCGAUCGAAGCCAACGAGAAGUGCGAGAGCGAGAUCGAAGCCAACGAAGUCCGAUCCGGCCAACGAGCGAAGCUUAUAGCUUCAACGAGAGCCAACGAUCCGAGCACGCCGAUCGAUCCAGCCACCCAGAGCUCCGAUCCGGCCAACCAAACACAGAAAGCACGAGAGCCAACGGUCACGCCGAGCUCCGAUCUACCUCACACCGGUCACGCCGAGCUCUGCCAGACGACCACCGCGCCAAACGCCGCAGACCCACGUAAUGUCAAAGGGUAAGGAAAAAGUUAGCGGCAGCAAGCAAUUUAGGUGGCUGCCACCUAUGCAUGAGAUGAUGCUAAAGAUACUAACAGAGGAGGCUGGAAAGGGCAAUAAGCCCUCUAAUACUUUUAGGGCCGGCUCCUUUGCUCUUGUAGCGAAGGAGAUAACGGCCCAUUUCGGGGUUGAGUGCCACCCUGUAUUUGUGGAGAACCGGAUGCGGACUCUAAGGUCCAUGUGGGCAACUAUUCAAGAGCUUAGAAAGAAGAGUGGAUUCGGUUGGGACGAAAAUCUGAAAAUGAUAACGUGUGACGCUAAAACCUACCAAGAAGAAGUUAUGGCACAUCGGAAGCAUGCCGAGUAUCUGAACAAAAAAAUUGAGUUUUACGAUGAAUUAGCGAUUGUGGUGGGGAAGGAUACAGCCACAGGUGCCUUUGCUAAGUCUGGAGUGGAUAUCGAAAAUGAGCCAGAUAAUGGGGAUAAUGGGGAUAGUGCAGAGUUUGUGGCAGAUAAUGUGGAUGAAUGUGUGGUUGAAAAGGGGAAGAACGUAAAUGAAUCAUCCACCACUGGGUCGGGAAUUUCCAAGUCCCGCAAAAGAGGGCGUGCAGCUUCUACUGCUGAUGAUAGUGUGCUGACUGAUCUGUCUGGUCAGCUGAAGGAAAUAGCUGUCGCUCUAAAAGAAAUUAAUCGGGGCUCGGUAGAUUACACAACUUUGUAUAAUGAGGUAAUGGCUAUGAUGGCGGAUGGAUAUAGCGAAGAUAUGCUCGCUACUGCCUUCGACCAUCUUUGUGAGAAUGAGAAGACGGCACGUGGAUUUUUAGCAAAGAAUGCUAGGUUGAGGAAGUUGUGGUUAGAUGGUUAUUUUUUCUCACAAAUUUGAUUUGCUUAUUUCAUGUUGACUGUGAUGGUAGAUUUAGGAAUUAACUAGACAUUGUAGUAUUAAUAUUGACGUAUCAAUGUAUUAUAUAUGUACUCUUUUGUAUUAUUGGGACGAUACAAUUGCCCAAAUUAUGUAUUUCGAAUGAUUAUGUUUGAUGUUGAA